AUGUCAACAAAAGCCAAAGCGACGUCGAAAGCUCUUCCAUUGGCUGAUGUUCUGAGAGAUCUCGCCGUGCUUCGAUCAUCGGGUGUAGACAUUCCGCAGAUGUUCAAUUUGAAGCAAUCCCAAACGGUGGAUGGGAUCAGCAAUACGGCAAUGCCUGUGCAACAGUCAGUGGCUGCGUCUCAUGAUUUCGUCCGUGUUUCUCGUGCGGCCAUCAAACUGCACGACUCGGGCAAAGUUGAAGUUGAAGGGAGCAAGGUCGAGGAAAUCAGACAGCAGUACGCGGAAUUGCUGGAUGGCUUGAAGGACUAA